AUGUCGGCUACGGGGAAUUCUGCAGAACGCUUCGCUGCGCAUGAGACAAUGGGCGCUCUGUGCUCGUGUUUAGGGGGUGAUAAAGAAGAGACGCAGGUUAAUGGCUCAACGACGCCUCGGAAAAUUACCAAGUCGCCUUUGGAUGAAGAAUUCGCAAAGAUAGUCAAGUCUACGCUGGAACAAUGGCACAUCGAGGGUGUUUCUAUUGCUGUUAUUGACGGGGAUAACACCUUUGCAGAGGGGUAUGGAUUCGCAGCACUGCCGGAUGUCCCAACGAAACCAGAUACCCUCUUCUGGACAGGCAGUACAACGAAAUCCUUCACCGCAGCAGCAGCAUCAUUACUAGUCGAUGACACGGAGAAUUACCCCAACAUCACAUGGACAACCCCUCUCAGCGACCUGAUCCGCGACGACUUCGUUCUCCAGGACGAGUACGCCACGCGGCACAUUACGCUCGAAGACGCACUCUCACAUCGAACUGGGCUUCCCGGCCAUAUGCUGACGUUGGGUCGCGAAGGCACAGUCCGCGACGUCGUCCGCAGCCUGCGCCAUCUGCCGAUGGACAAAGAGAUCAGAUCGACAUGGCAAUACUGCAACGCGAUGUUCAUUGCUGUUUCGCUUGCGAUCGAGGUGACGACUGGAGAGUGGCUGGGCGACUUCCUCCGCAAGCGGAUCUGGGAGCCCCUGGGGAUGAACUCUACGUUCUUCUCGCUGGACGACGCGAGGAAGUUUGCUGCCUCUAGCGAUACGGUGCUUGCGCAGCCAUAUGCUUGGGAUGAGGCGACACAGCAGUCGAGGGAGGUUCCCCACUGUGAUGGAACGUUAAGCGGCGCUGGCGCCGUGAUCUCUAAUGUGCUCGACUACGCCAAGUAUAUCCGAUCAUUAAUACGACAGACGGCGCCGCUGUCAAAGGCCGGCCACGCUGCGUUGCUGAAGCCUCGCUCCUUUCCGCCACAGAUAAUUCCACACCUCAGCAAGCAAACGCUGUACACCCUCGGAUUGAUGACGAGCACGUACCGUGGUGAGACGGUAGUGUUCCACCCGGGAGGCCUUGACGGCAUGACCGCCACCAUGAUCUACUUUCCUGAACGCGACUGGGGUGUCGCUGUUUUCGCCAACUCGGCUGGUCCGGGGCGCGAAAGCCUGGCGUGGCACCUGAUCGAUGAGAUGCUGCAAGUGCCCCAAAAUGAGCGCAUUGACCUCUACAAUGUCGUACGGGAAAAACGCGCCAAGGUCAAAGAAUACCUCUCCAAAUCUCGAGAGCGUCUAUACCCAGGAGUUUCAUCGCCAGGACGACCGCCCUCAUUACCACUAUCCGAGUACAUGGGCACGUUUACUCACUCCGCCUAUCCAGACUUGAUCAUCACCCUGAUAUCUGACGAUGACGUGCCCACUCUCAACGCCAAAAUCACAGGGAGCUUCCACGGACGCCUCGUCCUGAAGCAUGUGACAGCCGACUACUUCCUCGCAGAGUUGUUCGAGACGCUUUGGGGUGCUGACCCCGCGAUGGUAAUCAAGGCCGAGUUCCACAUCAGUCCGGAGGGCAAGGUGGAUAGGUUCGGGGCAGCGGUGGAUUACGCGGAUAUGCCUGAUACUCUGAUCUGGUUUGAUAAGGCUGCUUAG